CCAGACUUCCACUCCGCCAUGGAUUUAUCAGAUUCUUCGACCAUCCAACAAAUCAUCUCCCUGUUCUCCCUGCUCCCCUCAACUUCAGCUCGACUUGCUGCAUGCCACCAGAUCCUCGACCAGCUGAGCCCCCACGAAUGGCGUGAUGCGCAAGUGCGCAUCAACCAGCGGUCCUUUCAAAGGGAUAUCUUGGGCGAAUCUCCGCCGGAGGUUGCAGUUCAGAUCGCCCAGCACCUCGGCCUCGCCGAGCUCCACGUACUCCAAAGGGUCUCCAGAAAGUGGCAUCGGUUACUGUCAUCGGACCUGGUCCGUGGAACAGCAUACCAGCAGUACACCGGGUGUGUAGGCAUACAUGUCGCAGCAGACCAGUUCAUUCACUAUGCCAAACAGAGGUUACGCCUGGAGCGCGGCCUGCCCGUCUGUAAGAUCCUGGAUAGAGAUCUUCCCCCGCCCCAUGACUCAAACUUCGACUGUCUGGAUUACGCCAAUGGGAACUAUGCCUGGCUGGAGAACAACACCCACAUCGUCGUACAUGACCUCCGCAAGCGCAAAGUCCGGCGUUUCUGCACCGAGAACCGAGAUUCCCUCAGGGAUGUACGUCUUUCUGAGUCCAUGGUCGUAGCAAUCAGUGUGCGUGCAUACUGCCAUGCCUGGAACCUUGAAACGGGAGACCAUGCGUCAUUCCGCAUCCCAGCCCUUCAUUUUCGGGCUUUUGUUGCCCGUGGUAUGAAGGUUGCCCUGGGGUUUACCUACCCCUCAAUCGCCGGAGAUGAAUAUAUCAUUUACUGGGACAUGGACUCUCGGGUGGCACGCAAUAUCGGGGUCGCACCUAACCUGGUCCUCAUCGGCCUACAAUCAGCCACCAACAGCCUGAGCACCCUCCAUCUCGAAAGAAACAAUAUCGUUCAAGGCCGGGGUCAACUGUGCCAUAAUGAGAGGCUACGCGUCGUAAAGCAUAGCCUCGAAAACCAUGGACCCGUUGACAGCCUUUUAUCCUAUAUAUUACAACUGCCGGUCCUUGCAGAGUUUGAUUGGCGCGUUUUGACGCUACACAAUAUAUCAAACGACGCCAGUGGCCGACUGGCGGUCUUCUCCUGCGAACCACCCGUAUCCGGUGUGGCAUCAACCAACCCUAGCUAUGUCGUUGUGGCCACCUACAACCAUAAGACUGAUGAGAUGUGUUUGCACGGGCUAAGCCCCAAGGACACGCCAUAUCAUCCCUUGUGCAUGGCCGCUGUGGAUCGGGGCCUCCUGUACUAUGUAAAAAACGAUAGGGGCAAGCCAGUCAUUUGGAUUUCUGAGCCAGCAUCUCCCAUCUCUCAUCGCCCGGCCGCAGCCAUGGAUCCUGGGUUACCUAGAGAAGCCACGACUAGAGUUUACUCGUAUGCCACUCGCUUCGCUCUCCGGGGUGACCGGGAGUUUGUCUUGAUGAUCAAUGAAAACGAUGUGAAAGUGUGGGGGUUUGGAGACACGGCCAUUUCCGAGACUGCAGUUCCGACCGCAACCACUUGAAGACCAUCAAUCUUGGGUGAUUCAAUUUUAGAUUCUGCUACACAGGCAUAUUGGAGUCUGCCAGAAGAUUCUAUCACUGAGCCCCUCGUUUCUAACACCAAGGAUAAAGAAUACAUUAACAAAGAAAAGUGAACUAAAAAAUGGACGAUAUACAGGACCAUCAAUGCUCUCUAUACGAAUCCCUUUCUUACUCUCGACCAGAUCCAUCUCAUUCUACCAUUAUAACAAUUCGUUCAAGCACCACCGUGACCGAUCAUGCU